AUGUGCCUUGCCUUUUGGACUCUUGCCCAUCCGCGAUACGCAUUAAUUAUUGCUGCCAAUCGAGAUGAAUUUUUAUCCAGACCCACUAUACCGGCCAAUUGGCACAAUUUUGACGACUCCGACACUGGCCAUGAGAAAUAUGUACUUUCGGGGCGGGAUGCUAUAGCGGGAGGGACUUGGCUGGGCAUCAACAGAAAAGGGGACGUAGCCCUUCUCACGAACAUCACCGAACCAGUUGGAAAAUACAGUUCGUCUCGAGGGGAGCUCACCUCUAACUUCUUAACCCUGUCCCCGACCAACGAAACCGCGGACCGCAUAUCAUCCUAUGUCAAGACGCUCGUAUCUCAACAACGAUCAUACGCAGGAUUCAAUUUACUCCUCGCCAGCCCCACGAUCUCCACCGACCGAGUCGAUUAUCGUGGGGUCAUGGUCACUAACUCGCAAGCGGGUGGAGAAAUCACAAGUCGAUCUCUCUCAAAUAGGGAGUGUUUGUCCUGUGGAUUGUCCAAUUCCAACGAUAGUGCAUGUGAAACCUCCGAUGAGAACGAGUGGCCAAAAGUAUCGGAAGGAAGAAAACUGUUCGAUGAGACUGUAAAUCUGGAGGAUCUGGAUGAUGAUGGACUUAUCGAAGCGUUAUGUCAAAUCAUGAGCGUGGAGAACCCAAAAAGGCCGACGACACGCUAUGGUCUUCGAAUGACCAUCAGUGUCCCUCCUAUCCCAGUAGAACCAGGCGCGUGGUCAAAGACGAUUAAUCCUUCGAGCAGCGAACUACCAGCAUCGGCUGAUGCUGCUCCAGCACUAAGCUCGGAGAAUCGAAAAGAUUACUACGGUACUCGUCUUACGAGUGUUAUCCUUGUGAGAAGGGAUGGGCGCGCGACGUUUGUUGAGAGGGAUGUAUGGGUACAGCAGAGCGAUAUUGGAGAGCUAGUGAAAUGUUCCGGAUCUGGAUCGCAAAGGCGGUUUGACUUUGACCUCAAACCUGGAAGAGAAGGGGUGGAGUAA